GUGCCAAAUUAUGGACCUAGUUGUUAAAGGAAGCCAUGAACAUAUAACAACAUACCAGUAACGACCAGUUCAUUUAACAAUUCAUUUAAUGAUUUAAUUUUUCCCAAUAUACCUUUCUACUUUUGUCACCUGUCACCGAUAUACAACAUUUAACCUAUUUACAACAUUUUCUCCUUAAAAAGGCAUAGGAGUAGGUAAAGUUGGAAGGAAGGUGGCAAUUUUCUAAAUGAGUUCUAGGCCUACUGAGAGUGAGAUGUCUAUCGGACAGCCAAGAUCAGCCACACAAUGCAUUUUGCCUGACAGUAAAGUUAAGGCAUUAGCUCGAGAAUGGCUUGCAGAAGACUGUGCUAGCUUCGAUUUUGGGGGAAUGGUUGUUGGUAAUAAAACUGCCAAAGCGCAACUACUCUGCAAAUCGCCUGGUGUGUUGGCUGGUGUGCCAUUCUUCGAUGCUGUUUUUCGUGAGCUGGGCUGUAUUGUUACAUGGCACUAUCAUGAGGGAGAUAGUUUUGUCAAUGAUGAGCACAACAAAUUUCAACGUGUCAAAAUUGCAACAGUUUGUGGACCUAUAAAAAACAUACUUUUGGGCGAACGUCCAGCUUUAAAUGUUUUAUCGCGUUCGAGCGGUGUUGCCACCCAAUGCAAGAAAUACAUUGCAAGAGCAAAGGAAAAAGGAUGGAAGGGAAGAAUAGCUGGAACAAGAAAAACUACUCCUGGUUUUAGACUUGUGGAAAAAUAUUCGCUUGUCGUUGGUGGUGCAGACACGCAUAGAUAUGAUUUAGCUUCUAUGGUGAUGUUGAAAGACAAUCACAUAUGGUCUACUGGCAGUAUUGAAAAUAGCGUCAAGAAAGUUCUUAGUCUUGCAAGUUUUACAACAAAAGUUGAAGUAGAAUGCCAAAACAUUGAUGAAGGAUUAGAAGCAGCUGCUGCUGGUGCUCAUGUUGUUAUGUUUGAUAAUCAAAUGCCUGAGGAAUUAAAAAGAUCUGCAAAACGUUUGAAAGAAAUAUAUCCACAAGUAAUCAUCGAAUGUAGUGGUGGAGUUGAUGAACAAAAUAUAGAGGAAUAUUUUGGAGAUGAUAUUGAUGUUAUUUCAACAUCCAAGUUAGUUCAAGGAUAUCCAUGCGUCGAUUUCUCUCUGAAGAUAUUGAAAGAUUCAAUUUCUGAUUGAUGAUGUUUAUUUUUGAUACCUGAUAAUAUUUUUAAUUGAUUAAGGGUAUGUAAACUAAACCUUUAGCGGUGCUCCGAAGUAUGUGCACUAAGAUGACGCACAACCUGAACACACUAUAUGUACCUGGUUCGGGUUAUCAGGUUGUGCGCCAUAUUGGUGGACAUACUUUCGGAGCUCCCCUUUAGCAUAGCAGGUAAUAGAUGGAGUGGUUUGUGAUGAAAUCAAGGAGAAAUGUGAACCACCAUAACUAAACAAUCAUACCUGGCCUCAAUAUGCUCAAAAUGUGACAAAAUAAAUUACAGAUGAAUUAGCAAUAGAUAUCACUUUCAUUUAUCUUGUUUACAUACCUAUUUGUUCUUCAUUUGUGUAAUACAUCAGUCAGUAAUCAGUAGUU